GAUAUUCUGAAGAAAAGUCACAUUUAAAUAUAAGCAAAUGUUAAAUAGUCUAAAGAAUCUUUACCAAAUGUUGGAGAUAACACGUCUUCGUAACUUCACUGAGAAGUUAAAAAUGUAUUGAGUUUGUUCUCUACUAGAAACAUCAAACUUAAUAUCCAUGCUGUAGUUACUUCAUAGUGCAUUACAUUGUUAAGUGUUUUGUUUUUCAGAAAUGAUCAGAUCUACCUUGAACUUUACAUUUUUUCUCAUUGUCUUUUGGUAUAAAUUUCAACCAGCAAAUGGUGUUUGUGAUAAAAAAUGGUUCGGUAACAAUUGUCAGUACAAAUGUCAUUGCCAGAACACUGACUGUGACACCAAUGGAGACUGUGUCGCUCCUUCAACUUGUGAGAGAGGAUGGUUUGGUUAUAAAUGUCAAUACAGAGAUUUGACUAGUUAUAUCAAUACUACAGAAAAUAGAUGGCUAAUAGAUGGAAAUGACUCAACAUGUAGUGUGGAUACAAAUUUGACGAGUAUAUCUGUAACCUUUAAUUCAUCAAUUCCAUACACGUGGAUGAGACUUGUUUUUAAUAUAACAGAACCCAUUCUGAAAAUUAAAGUAUUUUUUAAGACAUUUGGUGUAAUAUUUGAGUGUCAAGACUUAAUACUUGAACAAAUCAACAAAGAAACUACUGAUGUGUUUUGUACAUUAAAUGUUACUAUACAAGAGAUGACAAUCACAGGAGACAGUGUCAAAUCUUUGUGUUCACUUUAUGUCAGUGGGGGAAGAAAUGUUGCGCUGAAGCAGCCUACACGUCAGACUUCCACUUAUAAACCAAAUGACAAACUUUCAGAUUCGGAACAUGCUGUGGAUGGUGAUACAGACAACCGUUUCGAAGACGGAAAAAGUUGUACACACACUGAUACAGAUGAUCUCUCUCCAUCAUGGGCUGUAACAUUCAAUACAUUAUUUGUUGUCAAUCAGUUCAUUUUGUAUAAUAGAGGAGUUUCAAAAACAAGACUUCAGAAUUUUACACUCGUUGCAAUUGAUGAUCAUCAUGAAAUUUUACAUUAUCAAGAAAAAGACCUCAACGAAUUGUUACGUUAUACUGUUACUGAACAAAUAUCUCUGCCAAUAAAUGAAGUGAAUAUAUCUGUAGCAAAUAAACAAGAUAAUUAUUUAACAUUAUGUGAGGUUCAGAUUUAUGGAGAUUGUCCAGAAGGAAAAAAAGGUUUAGACUGUAAUGAGACAUGUGACGUUGGAUGUAAGCGCAGCUGUAAUAUUAAAGGUUCAUGUGAUUAUAUAUGUUUUGGUUUUAGUGAUCCACCUGAAUGUAAAACUGCUUGUGAUCCACACAAAUGGGGUAUAAACUGUAACAACAAGUGCUCAACAAACUGUUGGAAUACAACGUGUAAUGGACAGACUGGACUUUGUAAAGCUGGUUGUUACGGUUUUAAUGACCCUCCUGUUUGUAAAACCGGUUGUCCAACUGAUACUUGGGGAUUCAAUUGCUCAAACAAAUGUAGUCUACGAUGUAGGAAUUCAACAUGUAACAGUCUCACUGGAUAUUGUUUGCUUGGCUGUCAGGAUGGAUACAAAGGUCUUUAUUGCGAUGAAGAGUGUGACUCAGGACGUUGGGGUGUGAACUGUUCCAAUCAAUGCACGACUGGAUGCUCACAACACAAAUGCAAUAUAACAAGUGGCCUUUGUACCGAAAACUGUCUGGGAUAUAAAGAUUUUCCAAAGUGUUCUGUUGAUUGUUCAAAUGAAACCUGGGGUAUAAACUGCAAUGAAACUUGUAACUCCAAAUGUAUCAACGCAAGUUGUAAUAGCUUAAAUGGAGAUUGCCUUUUAGGAUGUCUACCUGGUUUUAAAGGACCAAAGUGCUCUGAAGAAUUGAAAAGUACAUCUAGUGAUAGCAAUGAUGGUGAUUCAAAUAUUGCUGUUAUUGUUGGGCCAAUUAUUGCUGCUUUAAUUCUAUUGGUAUUGAUUAUUGUAGCAGUCCUGCUAUGGAGAAGACGAACACAUUCUACAAAGUCUAAGGAACCAACAGAGCGUCAGAAAUCAUUGUCAAAGAGAGAAACAUCUGGUGUUGUUUCUUUGUAUACCCAAAUCGAAGAGUCUCCAAUGAAAGAGACGGAGACAAGUACAGACGGAGGCUACAUGAAUGCAGUUCACACUGAGGAUGGCACGUCCAUUGCCCUGAAAGAUUUCAACAUGUUUAUGACCACACACAAUGAAACAUUUUUCAAACAACAGUUUCAGUCAAUUCCAUCCCCUGGCAACGUAUCAACAGAUUACGCUAACAAUAUUAGUAACAAACUCAAAAAUAGGUACAAAAAUAUCUGCACAUAUGAUCACUCUAGAGUUAAUCUAAAAAUAGAUACUGAUAAAGGUGAAGGAGAUUACAUCAAUGCUUCAUAUAUCAGGGGAUAUAAAGAUCAAGUGGAGUUCAUUGCCUCACAAGGUCCCAACAAAACAAUUCUGAAUGACUUUGUCAGAAUGUUGUGGGAACAGAAUGUUGAGAAAGUUGUUAUGUUAACUAAUUUAACAGAAGAGGGAAAAAUGAAAUGUGAGCAGUACUGGCCCAAUGAAGGGAAACUACUCUAUGGAGAUAUCAAAAUCAAAUUAAUCUCUACAGAAACAUUUUCCGACUACACUGUCAGACAUUUGGAAAUGAAUAAGAAAAAUGAAGGUACGCACCUUUUAAAACAAUAUCAUUUCCACGCCUGGCCAGACAAAGGUGUCCCCGAAGCUCCAUGGAGUCUUUUAAAUUUUGUACAUAGAAUAUCAUCACACACAUCCUCACAUUAUGUUGUUGUCCACUGCAGUGCAGGAGUUGGCCGAACUGGCACAUAUAUAGCUAUUCACAAUGUAUUGAGACAAGCCAGGGAAACGGAAAAGUUGGAGUUUUUCAAAACAGUGACCAAAUUAAGAGAGGACCGAAUUUUGAUGGUUCAGACAGCACUCCAGUAUGAGUUUUUACACAAAGCCGUUCAAGCAGCUUUACUAACUGUUGACAGAACUGUCAGAAUCGAUGAUCUCCGAAACAAGAUGGAAAGAAACGUCUUGAAGCUUGCAGGUAUAGAUGCAGAGUUUAAGGCUCUGUGUAGCGUUUGUAGCAUUGUUAACAGUCAAGGAACAAACGAAUACAACAGGGAAACCCAGGAAGAAGUUUACCAAAAUACACAGCUUUUAUCUCAGCAAGAGAAAAACAGAUUUCCGUCAAUACUACCAAAACGCCAGUACAGACCUCAUCUGGAGAGUGACAAUAAUGUAUACGAAGAUUAUAUUAAUGCUGUGUUUGUACCGGGAUUGAAACAAAAAGAUCAACAUUUCUUGACCCAGUUGCCAAUGCCUGGUACAGUAGAUGACUUCUGGAGAUUGGUUAUACAGUAUAACGUAACACUUAUAGUAGACUUUGAGUUUGAGAAGCAGAAAGAUGAUUCGACUAUUGCCAACUAUAUACCAACUGAACCAAGUAAAGUAUUUCAAACAGAACUGUUUGAGAUAACAAGUCACAGUUACAAACAGACAUUGGUGUGGGAUGAACAAAAGUUGACAGUCUGUCAUGUUGAUCAAACAAAACAGGUCAAGCACGAGGUACUUCACAUCAGAGCUGGCAUUACAGAUUUGAAUACAAAGAAAUGGGUUCAGCUCAUCAAACACCUUCAGGGGUUCAAUGUCACUGGAGGGAAAGUUGCCUUCCUUUGCAGAAAUGGUGCCAGCUUCAGUGGCUUGGCCUGUGCAUUGUGUCUCAUGAUUGAAAAACUGGACACUGAGUCCUGUGUGAAUAUUCCUGUCAUCGUUGGAUCACUCAAGUUUAUAAGACCAGAAGUUAUAGCCUCAGUGGCUGACUACAGACUUCUCUAUGAGGUAUUAGAGAGAUACAGUGAAACAUCCAGCCAAUACACUAACGUAGGGGACAAGUUUCUCAAAGAAAUGUUGUGACUCAGUCUGUGAUAGAACUAUAGUGUUGGGCAAUCUGUUUUAUAUUCUUAGUAAUUUAUUCUUCAUUUUGUAUUUAUAUUAAUGUUGUGUUUUUAUUUUUUAUAAUUGUUCUUUACAUGUAGGCUACAAUGCCAGUUAAUAGAAAUAUAAAAAAAAAAA